AUGGACGCGGCGGGAGCGGCGGAGUCGGCGGCGGCGAUGGCGGCGUGGCGCGGCGAGGUGGCGCGGGUAGCGCGGCAGCUGGCGGAUCGAACGGCGCUGGAGCGCGCCAAUGGGCUCACAGCGCUCGACGCGCUCCUCGCCGGUGCGCGUGACGCCCGCCGCCAGCGCUUCUCACGCCCGUUCGCCCUCCCCGUGCCUCACCCGCCAUUCCCACCUGCGCGCUCCGCUCAUCCGCAAUCCCCACUUUUUCUGCUUCCGCCACUCCCUGGCCUCCUCGUCCCCACCGCCUCUCCCUUCGUCAUCCCGCUUCCUUUCCUUCCGCCCGUCUCUUUGUCCCCGUCGCGCUCCAUCCUCUCCCCCCGCCUCCAGCUCUCACCGCCCCCCUCCUCAAUUCCCGCCAUUCCCGCUUCCCCCAUUCCCCCUCUCCCCCGUUCCCCCAUUCGCCCCCAGGCGUGGCGAGCGGCAGUGACGGCGCGGCCAGGCGCAUGGAGGCACACGGCCCCAUGGCAGCACGGCCCCAUGGCAGCACGGCAAGCUUGCCCCAACCUGCUCCUCUCUCGUGCACCAACCCCGCACGCCUGGCAGGUGCUGCUGCGGCACUGGAGCAGAGUGCUGGGCGCUCAGCCGGGGCAGCGCGAGCACGCGGGCAGCGAGGAGCCGUGCGCUGCAGGGGGCGAGGAGCCGCUGGCAGCAGCGGAGGCCCUCUGCGCCCUGGCGCACUACGGGACGCUGCCCGCCGCCCUCGCCCUUUUCAGGUCGCCCUUCCGCCCUUGCCUCUUGUUUUCAUUCAUCAUACCACAACCCGCCAUGCACCACCCCAACCUCUCCUUGUCUCCUUGUCUCGCCCUCGUCAGCCAACCUCUCCCCUGCUCUCAUUUCUUUGUUAUGGCCGUGAAGGCCCACAUCCUCCGCACACUGCAGCAGCAGCAGCCGCUGCCGGCGCUGCUGGAAGGGCAGGAGGAGGGCGACGGGGAGGGGGAGGAUGGGGAGGAGGGGGAUGGGGCAGGGGAAAAGGGAAGCAGGCAGGCAGCCUUGGGAGCGCAGCAAGGGGAGGGGGGACGGGAGGGCGCGGAAGGGGGAGUGGCGGGGGAAGGGGGGGAGGGGGGGGAGGGGAUGGGGGAUGCGCCCAGUUCCCCCCGGGCGGACAAGGCAGGGCUGGCAGCGGCCAUGGGCAGGCGGGGGGGCGCGGAGGGAGUGGGGGGAGUGGGCGGGGGAGGAGGGAGGGCAAGCGCGCGCCAGACAGCGACUGAGUUGAUGAUGGCGGUAGGGUGGGAGGGAGGCAGUUGGGUAGGCGUUCAGGCAGGCGGGUGGGGGGAGCGGGUGGGGGUGGCGGGUGGGGGUGGCGGGUGGUGGGAGCGGGCGGGGGGGGGAGGGAGGGCAAGCUCGUGUGGCAAGCUGUGGGGUGGACAGCUGAAUCCAAUCCUCUGCUGCCUCUGCUACCUCGGCCGCUGCUCCAGUCCAGCGCCGCCUGUUGGCUCCACGCCAUCUGCCUAUGGGCUCCACGCCAUCUGCCUGCCUCCCUGUGCCGCACGCCCCACAUUUCCCCCUCUUCUUCACCCCACUUUCAUCUCAAACCAGUCCCGCCCUCUCCCUCUUCUCUCCCUUCACCAGGCGCGGGGGCGCACUAGCAAACGGCGCUGUGCUGUAUGGGAGCCGUCCACCAGACUGUUGGGCGGGGUCUUGAGUGUUUCUCUCCUCCUGUCCUCUCCCGUCCUCACCAGGCGCGUGGGCGCAGACUGGAGACGGCACUGCGCUCUAAUCUUUUCUUCCUUCAGUUCUCAAAAGUUAACCCCCCCUCUCUUCUCCCCUCCUCUUCCCUCCUCUCCCCUCUUUUGCCCUCCUCUCCCCCCACACCAGGCGCGUGGGCGCGGUCUGGAGACGGCACUGCGCUCGCUGCAGCGCCUGCUGGAUGGGCUGGGGGAGCGGCCGGGGGGGAGAGGCGGGGGGGGGAGCGGUGCAGGGGAGAGGGUAGGGUGGCCAGUUGUGGUUGGCAAAAGGGAAGAUGCAGGGGAAGGGGGGGGAAAGGAAGAGGGGGAGGGGGGGGCGGAGUGGGAGGAGGCGGUGGGGGAGAUGAGUGGGGGUACGGUGGAGGUGGUGGGGAUGGUGGUGCGGCAUGGCAAUCGCUUUGUGCGUGAGGCUGCCAUGUUCGCCCUCGCUGCGCUGUGCCACGUCAUGGGGGCCACGCAGCUCACCAGGUUGGGGGGGACCAUUGCCUCUCAGCUCGCUGUGGGGCUGGGGGACAACUGGAGCCAAGUCAGAUACGCGGCAUCGGUGGGCAACCGAGCCUUGUUCCUGGCAGCGGGGGCCGUGCAUCACAAGGAGCGCUACCUGCCCACGCUGCUGCCCGCCAUGGCUUCAUAUCAUACGUGUGUGCACCUCCUUGCUCCAUGCCCCACACCCAAUUCUGCCUACUAUAAUCCCGGUCCCUCCUUCCCCUCUACUACCCUCCCUCCCUUUUCCCUCCCUUUCUUCCCCCCCUCUCCUCUCCCCUUUCCCCUCCCCAUAAACCCAGGGGUGUUCAACCGCUAUUACGGGGCGGAUGGGGUGCGCAUCUACUCACAGGACACGUGGCAGCGUGUGAUGGGAGGGGGCGGGCGGGCGGCAGUGGCGCAGCACAUGGCGCUGGUGGCGGCAUUUUACUGCCUGCAGGCGCGCGCCCAGAACUACCUCGUGCGAGAGACGGCGUGCUUCUGCAUCGCUGAGGUGGCUGCCAAGAUUGACAGGCCGGUGGUGCUACCGGUGCUGCCGGACCUGCUGCCGAGCCUCCUCCGUUGCCACACCGACCCUGUGUGGCCCGUGCGCUGUGCGGCCUGCUCAGGUGCGCCCUCCCCUGCUCAGCCCACUUCUCCCCACUCGCGCCCUUCAUCCUUCGCCCAACACUGCUGUGCCUCCAUUCCCUCUUGCUCCCCUUCAACUCACACCUCUGUCCCCACCACCUCGUUAUCUCUGUCCCCACCGCCUCUUUAUCUCUGUCCCCACCGUCUCUCCCCUUCGCCGUCCACACUACCAGCGAGUGCCGGCGUGGUGGAGCAUUAUGGUGACGUGGCAGCACAGCACAUUGCCACGUGGGCACCAACCUGGCUUGCCAACCUCACAGACGUCUCUGCCAUCCCUUGGCUCACCUUUUUUCCCUCACUUUCUUGCCCAUGCUUCCAUCCCGUCUCCUCGCGCCGCACUCCAAGCAGGGACCCCGCGUCACCACCAGACCCAGCACGCCCCUCCUCCAUUGACCAGAAGUUCAUCUUCGAGCCCGUGCCAGUCAACACCUCCUCCUCCUCCUCCGCCUCUGCCUCUGCCCCUACUGUCACUGCUGCCACUGCCACCCCUGCCGCUGCUGCUGCCCCUGCUGCUCCUCCUGCUCCUGCUGCUGCUGCCUCUGCUGCUGCCCCUGCUGCCCGGUGCACGUGCCACCAUGCGCCCACAGCAGAGCCAUGGGAGCAGUCGGAGGGGGCGGUGCAGCUGCUGCCCUUCCUUGCUGCCGCUGCCCCCGCUGCUGUGGGGGAGUUCCUCCCCACCCUCGCACAGCUGGUGUGUCUGUCCCCUCGCCCCCCACCCUCACCACUGCACUGCAUUGUAUUGCACACACCAUCCUUGCGUGCGUGCUGCCGCUGCCCCCUCUGCGGUGGGGGAGUUCCUACCGACCCGUGCCCACCUCUUCUGUGUGCCCACCUCUUCUGUGUGCCCACCUCUUCUGUGUGCCCACCUCUUCUGUGUGCCCACCUCUUCUGUGUGCCCACCUCUUCUGUGUGCCCACCUCUUCUGUGUGCCCACCUCUUCUGUGUGCCCACCUCUUCUGUGUGCCCACCUCUUCUGUGUGCCCACCUCUUCUGUGUGCCCACCUCUUCUGUGUGCCCACCUCUUCUGUGUGCCCACCUCUUCUGUGUGCCCACCUCUUCUGCGGGUUCACCAGCAGCAGCAGCCCAUCCAGCCCUCCUAGUCACCAUAAUGCGCCACCUGCCGCGCAUCGCCAAGCCAAUGGGCAAGCGCCAGUUCAAGGUGCACGUGGAGCUCUUCCUGCCGCCGCUCUUCACCGCUCUCGCCUCUCACCAGCCGGAGGUGGCAGCAGCAGCGGGCGUGGCAGUGGCGGAGCUACAGCUGCUAAUAGGCCCCAGCAUCUUCGAGGGGAGGCUGUCCCCGAUACAGAGAGAGGCCAUGACUCGUUACAAGCACCUCAUUCACCUGCGUCCCCAGCAGUCCUCCGAACCUGCAAUGCCUCCUCAUGCCCACCAUCGGCCUGGGUCCCUCCCCGUCCCUUGCCCAUGCGCCUCCCAUCUCCCCUCUCCCCAUGCCCCUCCGCGCGCCUAUUCCCCCCCAACCCUCUCUCCCCCCCACACCAGUCUCGAUCUCUUCUUCUGCCCCAGCAACGCCCCCCACUGCCCCCCGUCGCCCCCCUCUUCCCGCUCCCCGCCUCCCCUGCCGCCUGCACCCGCCUCGCCCCCAUCCCAUUCCACCUCCCCCUCCUCUCCGCCCCCCUCCUCCUCCCUUUCCCCCGCAUCCCCCUCCUCCGCCUCCCUCGGUGCUCCCUCCAACCCCCCCUCUUCCACCUACCCAUCCCCCUCUCCGCCCUCCGCCCACCCGUCCCCCGCGCACCACUCCGCCUGCCUCUCCCCCGCGCACCCGUCCAAGUGGCGGAGGCAGCAGCAGCGCAGGAGACACUCCAUCCUGCUUCACCCGCCCACGCCGCACUCCCUCUGCCACUCCCACCUCGUCCACACGCCCCCCCAUCCGUCUGACAACCAAUUGCAUACUGCCACGUCAGACGAGAGCAGGGACAGCAGCAGCACCAGUUCCCCCAGCAGCAGCAGUCUCUUCCUCUAUCCGUCCCCUUCCUCCUCCUCCUCACUCUCCUCCUCCUCCUCCCUCCCUCUCGCUCACAACUUUGACACCGCUGACUCAGCAUGCUCGCCAGCAUGGCGCCAUGCCACGUGUCAAGCGCAGCAGCAUUGCGGGGGCGGCUGGAAGGACGUGCCAGGGGAGGUGCUACUGGCCAUUCUCGACCGCACUGACAACCGCACGCUGCUGUGCGCCGCUGCUGUCUGCAGGGGGUGGGCCGCUGCUGUGUUCGGCCUCACUGCCCAGCUGUCGCUCUCCUGGUGUGCCAAGGGCGUCAACUCGCUGGCCUCUCACCUCGUGACGCACUUUGCACGCCUGCAGGUGCUCGAUCUGCGGCGCUGUCCAUCACUAAGGGAUGCCACGCUGGCAACUGUUGCUGCCAGCUCACCCAUGCUGACGUGUCUGCUCCUCAGUGGUUCCCCCCUCAUCACUGACACGUCACUGCACGCACUCGCCUCCCACUGCCCCUCGCUGCAGGUGUUGGAUCUGAGUGCCUGCAGCGCCAUCUCCCCCGCGGGCCUCACAGCACUGGCGGCGCGCUGCACGCAGCUGGGAGAGCUCUCCCUGUGUGGCUGCCGCCAUGCCGCCACCGACCAAGCUCUCAUUGUGCGGGUGCCUGUGGCUGCACCAGCCAUCCAGACAACUGUUUCCACCAAUGGCGUUUGCACCGUUCCUUCACUCUCCCCUUCCUCCUACAUGCCUGUCCCCCAGGCGCUAGCGCAGGGGUGCAAAUGGCUAGAGGUGGUGAACCUGGGGUGGUGUGAGGGCGUCACGGACCGAGGGGUCACGGCUGUGGCCAGGGGGUGCCCGGGGCUCAGGGUGGUGGACCUCUGUGGCUGCUACCGCAUCACAGACGCGUCAGUGGUGUCACUCGCGGCGCACUGCCCCUUGCUGCAGGGCCUGGGGCUGCACUGCUGCCGCCAGCUCACCAGCCACGCCAUGCUGGCACUCGCUGACGGGGCGGCUGCCAUGUGGCACCGCCAUGCUGGCAAGCACGGAUCCUUGAAACCAACAUCCAUGGGAGCAUGGGCGAUGCCACCACGGUGCUCUACUCGCGCCCGCCACGUGGCGCGCACGGAUUGGUCUCGCUCAACAUCAGCGGCUGCCUGGCCAUCACCCCGUCAGCCCUGCAGGCGGUGUGUGACGCGCACCCCCAUCUGCACACCUGCCCUGCCCGCCGCUCCCUCAACACCAGCGGCUGCAUCGCCCUGCAGCCCGUGCACUGCCACUGCCCCCGUGCCUCCGCUGCCUGACUGCUCCCACCUGUUGCUGCCGACCAUCUCCCCAGCAGCCCACUUCCUCUCUCACGCCCAUGCUGCGCCUGCUUGCUGCGCCUGCUUGCUGCGCAUACAGGCCAUCUCUCACCCCUGGAAAGCCUGCCCACCCGUCCCCAUGUGCACACCAGCGGCUGCAUCGCCCUGCAACCCGCGCACUGCCGCUGCCCCCGUGCCUCCGCUGGCUGACGGCCCACUUCCUCUCUCACACCCAUGGAGCGCCAGCCCGCUGGCCAGAGGCCCUCCAUCCCAAUCUCUCAGGCCACCCACCCACCAGCGGUGUACACUCCAUGUGGCUGCACAACCCACGCAUGCCUGUCGAUGCUGUGUACUGGAACUGUAA